AUGGAUAACACCCAUGAGAUAGCUGCGAAGGUCGCUCUUCUCGUCAAAAACGAGAAACCCCAAAAGCGUCGACGAGUCGACCACGAAUGGCGCCCUCGAUGUGCUGUCUGCUCGGGCGAGCAUAAACUUAUUGAUUGUUCCCAAAAGGGAGAAGUAAAAGCCGCAACGGCUGCUCGAUUCCAAUUGUGCUUAAUGUGCGGGCAUCCCACCUCUGGUAUGUUUUUUUUUUUUUGUACUUCUUGUGUAAUGCUGAGUUAUUUUUAGCUACUCAUCACGAAAUUAUAUGUAGGGAGAGAUUCGACAAUAGAUGUCGCCAUGACAUCUGCGUCCUCGUUAAGGCGUGCCACCAUUUUGCUAUGUGUCCCUUGGACAAGCAAGAACCACAACCACUUGGUCAAAUGAAGGAUAUGACACUCUCGACUUCCUCGAAGAAGUGA